AGACCAUUCACUCGAGGGCAAAUGAUAUGAGUGACUAGUUCACAAUGGGAAAACCCAAUCUCCGUCACAACACCAACACAGAUUCCUUUAAUCUGCACCAUACUGCGCAGUGCGUGUUGUCAUCUUGUUCAUACGAGGCUAGGUCACUCUCAAUUGACAAUUCUGGCUCCACUUUCCUGAUCUUCCACAAGGCCGACCAUACCCUUGCCAGCAACUUGCAGCCUGAUUCCUGACGCAAUCCGCUGUCACGCUCGGUAGCCCGAUAAGCACAUGUGACGAAAAAUCUACCACAUCCAUAUAUCGCGGAUAUGCGCGUGAAGUAGGCCGAUUCCGACACGGACAGGUAUAUAAGUUCUGCUGGAAGUUGCGAACUUGACCGUCGAACAACAAUUUGCCCCUCUUUCAACGUUCGCACUCCUCCGAGUCAUCAGAAACUAUAUUUUGGACGCUAUGGAUACUCGCCCAAAGACCAUAUACCUCCCAGACACUAUGGUUAACUGGCCCUGGCCUCGUACCGUUAAUCCUCAUUUCGAAGACGUGAAAGCUGAAGCCGAUGCUUGGUUCCGCGAUUUCAAGGCUCUGACUCCUAAGUCACAAGAAGCAUUCGACAAAUGCGAAUUUGCCCGCCUAGCCGCAUUGAUUUAUCCCAAUGCAUCAAGAGAAUACCUCCGGAUCGGCUGUGAUUUGAUGAAUGUUUUCUUCAUUUUUGACGACUACACCGACGUCCAAAAUGAAGCAGUCACGAAGGAGAUAGUGGACAUCAUGCUCGAUGCCCUUCACAAUCCUCAGAAGAUGCGACCGGAAGGCGAACAUAUCCUUGGUGAAAUCGUGCGACAAUUUUGGGCCCGUACGAUUCAAUCUGCAAGCCUGUCUUCUCAACGUCACUUCCUUGAAACCUUUACUGCAUACCUUCAUGCAGUGGUUACCGAGGUUAUUGACCGUGAACAAGGUCAUAGCAAGCGCAGUAUCGAUGACUACCUGAAGCUCCGCCGGUACACGAGUGGCGUAAAACCAACUUAUUCCAUUGUUGAAAUGGGAAUGGACCUUCCUGAUGAAGUGUUCUACAACCCCGUCAUUAUGGAGCUUGCUGAAUGCAUCACAGACGUAGCUCUGAUCGACAAUGACAUGAUCUCGUACAACAAAGAGCAGGCGGCUGGGAACGAAGACCACAACAUAGUCAGUACUGUCAUGUUGGAGCUUGGUCUCGACAGAGGCGGUGCAAUGGCAUGGGCAGCGAAUUAUCACGCCGAAGCUCAGAAACGAUUCAUCGACGGUCUUGCGAAGGUUCCUUCAUGGGGACCUUCCAUCGACGUCCUAGUCAAAGAGUAUCUUGACGGGAUGGCAAUGUUUGUUCGAGGACACAAGUCCUGGGGUUACGAAGGUCACAGAUACUGUGGCACCAGGGGCUUGGAAAUACAGCAAACUAGGCUUGUCCCGUUGUUGCCAAAGGCCAACCUCAUUGAAGUCGGCGUGUGAAUAGGUGUGGCGUCUACACCGUGGGCCACCAACAGAAACCCUCCAUUGAAUAUGUGAUUACUUAUUUCUUUGAUGCUCACUAUCUCGACUCCCGCGUUGCCCCGCGCUGCGCGCCCCAAGUUGCUUAUCUCACGUGUUACCUUACUGACAAGCCUAUAAAAGACCCAGUAGAUAGACUUGUAAAGCCUGGCGUUCUUGAAACUAAGCUAUUAC